UUCCUCUCGAGAAUCGCCAUGACGGCACCAGAAAACCAAAACCCUUCGACGAACGACAUGGUCAACCAAGGAGCGAAACCUACUAAAGCAAGCGGCGCCGUCUCUGCCUUUGUCAUGAAGCUAGACCAGGUCGUGAACGAUCCGGCAACAGACGACGUGAUCACGUGGAAACGAGGACCUGAUGGUGCUCUCGUGGAACCGCACAGCUUGGUUGUGCUCGACAAAUCGGUAUGUCACCCCCGUCGUUUCCUUGUCAUGACUACAGUCCCUCUACGCAGAAAUUUUCGGAGACGGUCAUGCCGCAAUAUUUUCGGGGGUCGAAGUAUUGUUCGUUUAUCCGUCAGCUCAACGCGUACGACUUUUCCCACGUCGGCGUCGUGAAUGGCGCCGAUCCGCCCGCGUUCACGCAUCCCUUUUUCCGCCAAGACGACCGGUCCCUCCUCUCUAGGAUCGAACGCCGGAAGCAGGACAAGCGGUCGCGCACAACGCAACCCGACGACGUCAAGACCGUCAAGAAGGUCGAAGAUAAGAUCGUCGAAUCGUACGCCCCGACCUCAGCGCGUCGUCUGGGCGACAACGAGUCGGCGCGGUACAUCGAGGCCGUGCAGGCCAUCCGAGACAUGCUCGCGUCAGCGCAAAUGUUUGGCAUGACGCAUCUGUUUAUGGAACGAGUCAAGGAGUUUCUCCACGUGGAGCGAAAGGACUUUUCCGACCUGCAAGACGGCGACGUGCUUCAACUCCUGGACAACAUCAUCCUCGGCAAGACGACCGACGCGCACGUUGUCGCGACGGUCCCCGCGUCCCCCGACGAUCCGUCCAGCGCCACCUCGACGACGACGUCCUCCGUCGACGACGGGGACGACAUCCACCACCGCCGCCACGAUAACAUCGUUCUGCACCACGGAAAUGACCUUCACUCACGUGUCAAACUCGAGAAUGAUGGUGAUGACGACGACGACGACGGCUUCCUGGACUUUGACGUGGACGAGCUCGAAGAGUUGCUGGCAGACCACAAUUUGUGAUGACUUUUUUUGGUGUAUUUGAAGUGUUAAUAUAUAUAUUAAUAUAUAUAUAUAUAUAUCAAGGAGGCCCAGGAUGCAUUGUAUUGGACGAGGCUUCUGCUUUGUUCAGUCCAAAGAGCGGAAACGCGCGGUUGAUGGACGGUAGGCGGGCUUGGACGGUGUCGUGGUGCGGCGGCCGCAGCGACGGGAUGGAGGAGGAUGUCAUGUUCGAUGCACCAGCCGAAGCGGAAGGCGGCACUGAAACGGGUGCGCCGAAGCGGUGGUGUUUGGACAGGUUUACGCUACACAGCAGGCCAGACGUGGAGUUGAUCGUGUGAAAGUUGUCGUGGAGCGAGUUCCAGAAGGGUUGCGUGCGGGGGUCGGAUGUCCUUCCUUCUUCGUGUAGUCGCCGCUUCUUUGGCAGUUGAAUGCGGCAUUCCAAGCUCAGGGGUUUCAUGUGUGCGGCGUCGUCCAUGAGCUCGUCAAACGACGAGGGAGAGGUUGAAGAGGACGACAUGUCGACGUCCCCGAGUUGCUGUGGUUGCCCUUUGACAAAGUCCGGUCGGAAGUAUCGCGUGCCGUCGGACGAUUUCACGAACCCGUGCUUCUCCAGCUGCAUUUUGAAAGUCUUGAACCGACCGCGGUACAGGUUUGGCAUCGGCAGGGACGUCUCCAUCUUGUCAGCAUCCAAGAUCGAGAACGACCGACCGUCAGCGUCCCACGCGAUCGUGUCCGGCAACAGAUUGUUGUUCAGGAAACCAUACAAGUUGCGAAGAAAGUUGCUUGGAAUGCCUAUGGGGGCAGCGGUGGCGGGUGGUCCAUGAUUGAACGCCGCCGAGUUCAUCGCCAUGGACCGAUCGACCCCGAUGUCAUGGACACUGGGCCGGUCGAAUGUGCCGAUGGUGUUCACAUGGCAGCUCACAUUCUGCUUGCUCUUAUGUGCCAUGGCGUCUAGCAGCCGUUUCCGAGCGUCAUUUGGGUCGGAGAUCACCAUGGUCGUCGUCGGGUUGGUUCUUGGUGUGAUAAUGGUCCAAGGGUUUGGUUCG